UUUAUGAACUUGUUUUUUCACUAAUAAUAUAACGGUGAUGACAAUAUGUUAUAAUGUUGAAUGAGUAAUAUACAUGUAUAAACUCAUUGACUUAUAAUACUAGAAUGAGGAUAACUGAUGGUUUUAUGAUUCUAUUCAUUCAAUAUAGCCAUAUCAUUAUUAUUGUGCAGUAAAUUCCAUGUCACGAGAUAGGGAAGGGAACAGGUAUAUUUGGCAUUGGACAAACCCCCUUUAAAACGUGCUAUUGUAUAAAGUCACAGUGUCAUUUGGUGAAGCGGCUAUUAGAAUGGCAGCUCUGUUGUUCACUGUCCAGCUACUGUAUGUUGUUCACUGUGGAUGGAAUGUUCUAGUCGGCGGAAUGGCAACACAGACUAGACUAACAUCUCAUAGUCAUUGUGAAUCAUGUUAAAAGGUCAGUGACUAUGAAUCCAUGCAGGAAUGUGUGUGAUAAAUAUAUGUAUAGAUCUUUUUAAUCUGAUCUAGAAAAGUUUAGCAUCAGCUUUUGCUUGAGAGGUAAUGAUAAAACAUUUAUUUUUUGUUAAUUCAUCACAAUAACGGACUGUGGAGAUUCUAAAUGGAUAGAAUCCCAAUAAACAGCGAAGUUCAAGGAAUUGUGGACGUCGAGGUAUUGGUGCUGAGUAGAGAUAAAUAGUCCAUUUGGAUGAGAUGGUGUCAGGGGUCACUACUACAAAAGGUCAGAGGGGAAAGGUGUGAAAGAUUUGCGCUUUAAGAGAGGAAAGGCUCCAUGUACCUGGAGGAAGAGACCAAUGCCAAGGCGGGGGUGCUGUCCUGCUUCUUCUCCCUGAAGGAGGAGAUUGGGGCGCUGGCCAAAGCCCUCAGGCUGUUUGAGGAGAAGGGCAUCAACCUGAUGCACAUUGAGUCUCGCCCGUCGCGACUGAACAACCAGGAGUUUGAGUUCUUCAUCAGCGUGGACACCAGCAACUCCAAGUCCCUGGACGAGGUCAUCGACGGCCUGCGCACCGAGAUCAGUGGCCACGUGCACGAGCUCUCACGCAACAAACAGAAGGACACAGUUCCAUGGUUCCCCAAUGACAUCCAGGACUUGGAUCGCUUUGCCAACCAGAUUCUGAGCUACGGAUCUGAGCUGGAUUCUGAUCACCCUGGCUUCACAGACCCAGUGUACAGAACCAGGAGGAAGGAGUUUGCCGACAUUGCCUACAGCUACAGACAUGGCCAGGUCAUUCCCAAGGUGGAGUACACAGCAGAGGAGAAGGCCACAUGGAGCACAGUGUUCAAUGAGCUGAAGACUCUGUACCCCACGCACGCCUGCCGCGAGCACAACCGUGUGUUCCCCCUGCUGGAGCAGUACUGCGGCUACAGGCAGGACAACAUCCCCCAGCUGGAGGACAUCUCACGCUACCUGCAGUCGUGCACAGGUUUUCGGCUGCGCCCAGUGGCUGGCCUGCUCUCCUCUCGGGAUUUCCUGGCUGGUCUGGCCUUCCGAGUCUUCCACUCUACACAGUACAUCCGGCACCAAUCCAAGCCCAUGUACACACCUGAGCCGGAUAUCUGCCAUGAACUCCUGGGCCAUGUUCCUCUGUUUGCUGACCCCACCUUUGCCCAAUUCUCACAGGAAAUCGGUCUGGCUUCCCUGGGUGCCCCCGACGAGUACAUUGAGAGGCUUGCUACUGUCUAUUGGUUCACAGUGGAGUUUGGCCUCUGCAAGCAGGGCUCUGAGAUCAAGGCCUAUGGAGCUGGCCUUCUCUCAUCAUUUGGAGAGCUGCAGUACUCUUUGUCAGACAAGCCCAGGAUUCAACCAUUUGACCCUGCAAAGACCAGCCUCCAGAAGUACCCAAUCACUGAGUUCCAACCCGUUUACUUUGUUGCAGAGAGCUUUGAUGACGCCAAAGAGAGAGUCAGGAAAUUUGCCGACACCAUCCCCAGGCCUUUCUCAGUGCGCUACAAUGCGUACACCCAAAGCAUUGAAGUCUUGGAUAACACCCAGCAGCUGAGAAACCUGGCUGACAACAUCAGUGGGGAAAUUGGGAUCUUGUGCAAUGCCCUGCGGAAGAUGGAGUAAGGAGACCACUUUGGAGACAUCCUUCAAUACUGAUGUGCGCAAUGAUAGAAUCUCAAUGCAUGUCAUCAAUCUUGUAGAUUUCCAUUAUACUCUUUGUAUUUAUAAUCUGUGUGCUUGUCCAUUGUAACAUCUACUGCAUUCUGCUUCAUCUUUAUAUAAAUUAUUCAUAAAUACCUACUGCAUCCCAGACACUAGUCAUUUUAAGUAGAACAUUUUCAUUUUAGUCGUCAAUAUUAGAGGAGCACUCGCUCAAUGAAUCACACAGACAUACUACUAAGCCAAUGAAAAUGCACAUCGAAAUGAGUCACUCAUUGUAAAUAUGAAGUUACGUAAAACAAGUAUUAACAUUAAAUGAAUUAUUCGAUAAGUGAGUGAGUUUUUCGUUAGAUUUUUGUUAACACCAACAAGGAGAAGUAUUAUUUUAACAUACCCUUUUCAGUAUGUUCUAGAAAUCCAACACUGCCACUACAGUAUUGAUAGGUUAACCGAUGUCAUUUUCUGUAACCAACUGAGAGGGAUUACAUUAGAAGAGUGCUGUUCCAGAACUAUUAGCUCGGGCUUUGAAGACGAUCUAAUUCGCACUUGAGUAUUCUAUCUAUAUUGGUUAAAUCGCAAAUAACAAAAAUACAUCCUUGCAUUAUGCUGGAAAUAGCUAGGCCUAUAUAACACAAUAAGGAAAUGCAAUGUGUAUGUCCAGCAUGUUAGAGAAUGUGUUUGAUUAUAUCCUGAAUUCUGAUUCAUCCAAAUGAUCGACUGUUUUUCCAUUCUUUACUAUCACGUGUUUGUAUAAUAAUAUCUAAUAUAAUGUGUUAUUAACUUGCCAAAUAAAUGUAUGCUUAAAAGGUUAUUUCAGAUCAAUUCUCAAAAUAAUUGUGUUUUAUUAUUAUUAUUAGGCUAUAAUUGGUUGUGAGGACAUAUUUUGUAUUAGAGUCUGUCAAAGUGCGUUUCAGCACCUUGGAGAGCAUCCCAAGUCAGGGGAAAAUAAAUGUCUUGUUGCACCUGUUACAAAUCAAUGGAAAGAAAAAUAUAUAGCCUAGAAUAAAUGUAAGUAAAAGUCAAUAUUCAUAAUCUUAUUUUGUAGGCUACAAAACGUUUUUCUCUCUCAAUAUAUUAGGCCUAUACGUGCUUUCAUGAACUGUGUUUUAUUCCAUUAAAAGGUGAUUGAUUGGCUGUUAUGACGCAUAACACCUAAAAGUGA